AUGAUGAUGUUUAGAAGAUUGACUACAACUAGUUUAAAAAGAAAUGUAUUCAUUUCUUUAACAAAUAGACAAAGUACUAUUAAUAGUAAUAGUUUUAGUUAUAAUAAUAGUAUUAGCAACAAUAGAUACUAUUCAAAUAAUAAUAAUAAUAAUAAGGAUGAAGGUUUAACAUUUGAAUCACAAAAGAAUCAACAUAAAAUACAAACUACUACCCCUCCUCCUUCUACUCCUUCUACUCCUUCACCUUCUUCUACACAAACACCAUUAAUUUAUGAUUUAAAUUAUGAUACAUUUGAAAAGGUUGUUAUUCAUAGCGUACCACCAGUAAUGUUAAUUUGUUAUAGUCAUAAAAACUCUUAUAGUCAACAAUUGGUAACUCAAUCUGAACAACUUGCUAUAUCAAACCCUGGUAAAUUUGUAGUUGCAAAGGUUGACGUUGAUCAAUACCCAAGACUUGGACAAUCAUUACAAAUUAAAGAAUUACCAACAGUAUUUUCACUUUAUAAAGGAAAGGUAUUGAAACAAUUCACUGGUAAUCCUCCAGCCGACAAACUAAAGGAAUGGGUUGAUGACCUUUUAUCAAAUGACGAAUCAAAUCUAAACUCGGUGGCUGAAAAGUUUCUAAAAGAGGAAAAGAUUGAUCAAGCCUAUCAAGUGUACAUGCAAAUGAUGCACAAUGAUGAAGAUCGAGUAAAGGCUGUCAGGGGUAUCCUCGAUUGUUCCAUUAGAAAACGAAAUAUGGAGGCUGUCAAACAUAUGAUUGAACUCAUCACUACAGAUUAUCCAAAGGAACUCACUACUCCUCUUUUGCUUCAAGCAAAAACAUUGAUCGAUUUACAAUCUGAAGUGGAAAAGGCAAAGAGUACAAGCGGAGGAGGAGGAGAAGAGGGAAAAACAACAAAACAAGAAAUUCAAGAGACAUUACAACAAUUGGAAAUGAUUGAUCCAAAGAUUGUUGAAAACAAAAGUAAAAUCAUAGAGUCUCGUUAUCAUUUGGCAUUGCUCUAUUAUCAAGACUUGCAAUAUCAAAAUGCUAUCGAUCAAUUACUUUUGUGCAUUAGAUUGGAUAAAAAAUACAAUGACGAAGCUGCUCGUCGUUUGCUUUUUAAAAUAUUUGACACUCUUGGAAAUAAGGAUCCUAUCGUUAUUAAAUCAAGACAAAGAUUUUCUAGUCUUUGGGUAAUAUAA